GGUUGCGAGCAGUUCAGUCCGUUUCCCCACUACCCCGCCCCCCUUCCUCUUUUCUCCCCACCCCUCGCGUCUCAGCCCCGUGGAGGAUGAAGCGGCUGCAGUGGCCCCAGCCCCAGCAGCGGCACCGGCGGUGGCUGCGGUGGGGGUGGCCGGAACUGGGGUGGUGAAGAAGCGGUGGCGGCGGCGGCCGUGGCGGUGGCCGAAGCCGCUUCCCCUGUGCUUCCCUUCCUCUUGAGUGCAGCCAGGAAGUUUUUCGCUUCUGUGCAUGUGUGUGUGCGUGAGUGUGGGUGUGUAAGGUGAAGAUUUGGGCGGCGUUUGUGCAGGCGUUGGGUUUUUUGCCCACUUCUCUUCCCGUAACCCGGGUAGCUCCCGAGCCUGGGCUGUGGCCCGAAGAGGGGGCGCGGCGGCGGGCUCUCUCCUUUUGUUGUUGUUUCCUCCGCCUGGGGAGCUGAAGAGGGGACGCGCCUGGGUGGGGCGGCUCGGAGCCCGGGCCUGGUGGCCCCCGGGGCUCCCGGGCGGGCAGGGUAGGGCAGAGUAGAGCGGGCUUCAACAUGAUGGCGGCCGAGGCCGGCAGUGAGGAGGGCGGCCCGGUCACCGCCGGGGCAGCAGGAGGCGGCGGGGCCGCGGGCUCCAGUGCCUAUCCAGCAGUGUGCCGGGUGAAGAUACCCGCCGCCCUGUCUGUGGCAGCCGCCCCCUUUCCUGGGCUGGCGGAGGCUGGAGUGGCCGGGACUCUGGGUGGCGGAGCCACUUUGGGGUCAGGGUUCCUGGGACCCGGGUCUGUGGCGGGGGCACUGGGGGGAGCCGGACUGUCAGGGGGAGGUGCUGCUGCUGGCGUGGCUGGUGCUGCCGCCGCCGGACCUGGCGGGGAGAUGGCUCUCACCAAGGGGACCACUUCGUUGCCUGCUGAGACCUUCGGGGCAGGCGGCGGAUUCCCUCCUUUGCCGCCUCCUCCUCAGCUGCCCCCUUUGGGCGCGGGCCUGGGAACAGUGGACGAAGGUGACUCUCUGGAUGGACCAGAAUACGAGGAGGAAGAGGUGGCCAUCCCGCUGACCGCUCCGCCAACUAACCAGUGGUAUCAUGGAAAACUUGAUAGAACUAUAGCAGAAGAACGCGUCAGGCAGGCAGGGAAGUCCGGCAGUUACCUUAUAAGAGAGAGUGAUCGGAGGCCAGGGUCCUUUGUACUUUCAUUUCUUAGCCAGACAAAUGUUGUCAACCAUUUUAGGAUUAUUGCUAUGUGUGGGGAUUACUACAUUGGUGGAAGACGUUUUUCUUCUCUGUCAGACCUAAUAGGUUAUUACAGUCAUGUUUCCUGUUUGCUUAAAGGAGAAAAACUGCUUUAUCCAGUUGCACCGCCAGAGCCAGUAGAAGAUAGAAGGCGUGUUCGAGCCAUUCUCCCUUACACAAAAGUACCAGACACUGAUGAAAUAAGUUUCUUAAAAGGAGAUAUGUUCAUUGUUCAUAACGAGUUAGAAGAUGGAUGGAUGUGGGUUACAAAUCUAAGAACAGAUGAACAAGGUCUUAUUGUUGAAGACCUAGUAGAAGAGGUGGGCCGGGAAGAAGAUCCACAUGAAGGCAAAAUAUGGUUCCAUGGGAAAAUUUCCAAACAAGAAGCUUAUAAUUUACUAAUGACAGUUGGUCAAGUCUGCAGUUUUCUUGUGAGGCCAUCAGAUAAUACUCCUGGUGACUAUUCACUUUAUUUUCGGACCAAUGAAAAUAUUCAGCGAUUUAAAAUAUGUCCAACACCAAACAAUCAGUUUAUGAUGGGAGGCCGAUAUUAUAACAGCAUUGGGGACAUCAUAGAUCACUAUCGAAAAGAACAAAUUGUUGAAGGGUAUUAUCUUAAGGAACCUGUACCAAUGCAGGAUCAAGAACAAGUACUCAAUGAUACAGUGGAUGGCAAGGAAAUUUAUAAUACAAUUCGUCGUAAAACAAAGGAUGCCUUUUAUAAAAACAUUGUUAAAAAAGGUUAUCUUCUAAAAAAAGGCAAAGGAAAAAGGUGGAAAAAUUUAUAUUUUAUCUUAGAGGGCAGUGAUGCCCAACUUAUUUAUUUUGAAAGUGAAAAACGAGCUACAAAACCAAAAGGAUUAAUAGAUCUCAGCGUGUGUUCUGUCUAUGUUGUUCAUGAUAGUCUCUUUGGCAGGCCAAACUGUUUUCAGAUAGUGGUUCAGCACUUUAGUGAAGAACAUUACAUCUUCUACUUUGCAGGAGAAACUCCAGAACAAGCAGAGGACUGGAUGAAAGGUCUGCAGGCAUUUUGCAAUUUACGGAAAAGUAGUCCAGGGACAUCUAAUAAACGCCUGCGUCAGGUCAGCAGCCUUGUUUUACAUAUUGAAGAAGCCCAUAAACUCCCAGUAAAACAUUUUACUAAUCCAUAUUGUAACAUCUACCUGAAUAGUGUCCAGGUAGCAAAAACUCAUGCAAGGGAAGGGCAAAACCCUGUAUGGUCAGAAGAAUUUGUCUUUGAUGAUCUUCCUCCUGACAUCAACAGAUUUGAAAUAACUCUUAGUAAUAAAACGAAGAAAAGCAAAGAUCCUGAUAUCUUAUUUAUGCGCUGCCAGUUGAGCCGGCUGCAGAAAGGGCAUGCCACAGAUGAAUGGUUUUUGCUCAGCUCCCAUAUACCAUUGAAAGGUAUUGAGCCAGGAUCCCUGCGCGUCCGAGCACGAUAUUCUAUGGAAAAAAUCAUGCCAGAAGAAGAGUACAGCGAAUUUAAAGAGCUUAUACUGCAAAAGGAGCUCCAUGUAGUCUAUGCUUUAUCACAUGUAUGUGGACAGGACCGAACACUACUGGCUAGCAUCCUACUGAGGAUUUUUCUUCAUGAAAGGCUUGAAUCGUUGCUGUUAUGUACACUAAAUGACAGAGAAAUAAGCAUGGAAGAUGAAGCCACUACCCUAUUUCGAGCUACAACACUUGCGAGUACCCUGAUGGAGCAGUAUAUGAAAGCCACUGCUACACAAUUUGUUCAUCACGCUUUGAAAGACUGUAUCUUAAAGAUAAUGGAAAGCAAGCAGUCUUGCGAGUUAAGUCCAUCAAAGUUAGAAAAAAAUGAAGAUGUGAACACUAAUUUAGCACACCUAUUGAACAUACUUUCAGAGCUUGUGGAGAAAAUAUUCAUGGCUUCAGAAAUACUUCCACCGACACUGAGGUAUAUUUAUGGGUGUUUACAGAAAUCUGUUCAGCACAAGUGGCCUACAAAUACCACCAUGAGAACAAGAGUUGUUAGUGGUUUUGUUUUUCUUCGACUUAUCUGUCCUGCCAUCCUGAACCCACGGAUGUUUAAUAUCAUCUCAGAUUCCCCAUCUCCUAUUGCUGCAAGAACACUGAUAUUAGUGGCUAAGUCUGUGCAGAACUUAGCAAAUCUUGUGGAAUUUGGAGCUAAGGAGCCUUACAUGGAAGGUGUCAAUCCAUUCAUCAAAAGUAACAAACAACGUAUGAUCAUGUUUUUAGAUGAACUUGGGAAUGUACCUGAACUUCCGGACACUACAGAGCAUUCUAGAACUGACCUUUCCCGUGAUUUAGCAGCAUUGCAUGAGAUUUGUGUGGCCCAUUCAGAUGAACUGCGAACGCUCAGUAACGAGCGUGGUGCACAGCAGCACGUACUGAAAAAGCUUCUGGCUAUAACAGAGCUGCUUCAGCAAAAACAAAACCAGUAUACAAAAACUAAUGAUGUCAGGUAGCAGCCUUCGCCGCAGUGUUCUGCAUGGAUUCAGCAUGCCCAACAUGGUAAUUUACAUCAGUAUAAUGUCUCCUUUGCUCUUGCCAAAAAAUAGCACACCUUUCCACAUUCCAGUGAUGUGUGAACUAUGCAAACAAAACUCGAGAUUCUGCUGGUGAGUAACUGCGCCAGCAGCUUUGUAAGCUAUCUGUGCAGGAUAUUUGCACUUUUUCCACAUAUGGAAUCUUUACCAACCUCUGAGCCUUGGUGUACAGAUCACCUUUCACACAAUGCUAUGACCGUAUCUUGAACUUGGAAAAUAUAUUUUCAAUACAUUCAAUUGCCAAAGUUUUGCUGUCUCUUGGAAACAGAACUAUGAAAAAAAGCAUUCUCUGUUGACAAUUGAGUAUAACUGGAUUGCAGACUGCUCUUACUGUUACUUCUUCCUGAAUUAGGAAUAUGACCGUUUGACUGUUCAAUGACUAUUUGUAUUUACAGUUUCCAGAGUUUACCAUUACAAUAGGAACAAUCUUUGCUGUAUACUUUUUUAAAAUAACUGCUAUUUCUCUUUGCUGGAACUGUUGAAAGAAAAUAUAUAGAAUGGAUCUAUUGCUCAUCAGCUUUAUUUUUUAAACAUACCACUUAUUUUGUUCGAAUUGUCAAAGACUGUAUUUAGAUCUCAUAAUGCUUUUUUGUUAAAUGUUUACAACAGUAAAUAGUUUGAAUUCAAUAAGUAUUAUUGGUCACUGUGUACUGAUCAACGCAUGUUACCCAUUCAACCGUUUUAUAGAUUACCAAUUACUUUUAUAUGUUUAAAAACCCUAGAAUGCUUUCAUUGAAAGUAUUCAUUAAUUCCAAGUUGAUUUUUUAAAUUAUGCAAACAAUUUCAUCAGCCACUGAACAGCUAUCCAUCUUUGCCCUUCUGACUACUUGUUGUAUCUGCUGGAUAUUUAGUUUGACUGACUGUAUAGUUUUAUUUGCUUCUGUAUGUGUAUUUUUGUGAAGUAUUCACAAGGGUUAAGUUAAAAUAAAACCAAGGGAUACAUAAA